AUGGACUCUGAAGACAGCAUCAUUAAAAGCAGCAGGAAAUCAAAGAACGGCAGUAGGAGAUCCCCUACGAGAAAAUCUCAUCGAAGUAGCAAAACUGCCAGAAAUAGCAGUCCAAAGAGCAACAACAACGAGCCUCGUCGAACAAAACGAAGCAAAGAAGAGCAUGCUGCCAAGGAAAAGGCUCGUUCUGAGCGGACCAAUGAUGCAGCAGGAGCAACUGCCAUCGAUCAAACUGGCAUCGUAGAACCAAUCGAAGGUCGCAGAAAGAAUCUGGCCAGCAAGAAACGACACAGCCAAAACGAAAAAGACCGAGCGUCCAAGGACUCUACCGCCAAGGCCCAGAACCUCAUCAAUCAAUCCAUCGCUUCCGCCACUGGACCAUCUCCUGGUGCCCACGCGGACUCCCGGGGUGACGAUGCUGAUAAAAAGGUCGGGAAAGGAAGAUUCAGUCGACAAUUGGGAACGCAAUCCAUCAUUGCGGUUGACGAACGUGAGGAGGUAGCUGAGGAAGAAAAGGAAGAAGACCAUGGAAUGGUGACGGCUAGUGCUGUGGAAAGUGCUGAUGCCGACCCAGCGACAAAUUCGAAGCUUGGCAAAGAGAGCACAAAUGCUGAAAAAGUCGCCGCAUACAGGAAGGCGAACAACUUCUUGAAUGGAGCUACUUCUCCUCGUGGUUCGAGAAAAAUUAAAUUUAGAGCACAGAAUGAUAGAUCCAAUGGACGAGAUUGGGAACGAAUGCAGCAGCAAAAAAGUGUCAGGGUCUGCCAAGGUUUACUUUGUAUUGUUGUGAUUGUUGGAGUUGCCGUUGGGUCAUGGCUCGGUUUGGGCAACAACACUUUAGUUGCAACUGAACCAUCCCAAGUCAUCGGGAAUGCCACCAAUGAUCUCUCGGAUCUUCCAGUUAGUAGUGAGUCUCCGACUGAAAGUACUUUCACGACUACAAACAGUACAUCUACCGCACCCAGUGGAGUACCUAGUAGUCUUGAUGUCCAGUUCUUUCCGCCGUCGGUAGAAGACUGUGAUGCCAUUGCAAAAGGGGAUGCGAUCCAAGGACAAGACAUACUGCCCGUUCAAAGCUACCAGCUGAACCUGGAUGCUACUCCUCUUAUUCCAAUGGUUUUGAGUUUCUCAGCCGACAUCAUUGAGAACAAACUUUCAGAGCUGCUGGUUCCAGUGCUCACCGGAUGCGAUCGAGUUGUCCGAAAACUACGCGGUGGUCAGUUUGUGCAUCAUCGCCAUCUCAUCGGUGACGCCAUUUUUUCGUAUGCAAUUGGGAAUGUGGUGGUCGGUGCGAUCGGAGUCGAGGGGGCACAAUGCAUGGAUGAUUCAUACACAGGGUGCCAUCGAGUCAGUGUGAAGCUUGACAUUGUGGUGAAGGACGCGGCGGUCAAAAUCUUCGAUGUAUUUGGCGAACUCAGCGCUGUUCUGGGGGGUGGCUCCCUUAUCGAGAAACUUGAGGUGACUACUCUUUAUCAAAGCAUGAUCAUUGUGAAUCUAGGUCCACUUGAUUCAACAGCAUCUCCUAGUGCCAACGAUGCGGAACCAACGCCAGUGCCAGCAAUUCCAACGUCAGAGCCAACACAGCUACCCACAUUUGCUCCAAUGGUUGAUGAAAGUCGUGCCCCGAGUACAGAGCCGACUCCUGGACCAAGUCCUCCCCCAACCUCGCAACCGACAGCAUUGCCUACUGUGUCUCCAACAGAAGUGACAUCUGUGGCACCCACAAUUACUCCAACUCUACGUCCCACUCAGAAUCCAACUCUACGUCCCACUCAGAAUCCAACUCAAGAACUGUCUUUGAAUCCAUCUUUUGUCCCUUCGCUCAGUCCAUCCAUGGAACUGACCUUGGGACCAACACCAAUGCCAUCAUUGGUGCCUACAUUUGAACCCACCGAAACCCCUUCGCUUGCACCAAUAUCCUUGUCAACUAAUCGAUGUGCUUACCUGGAGUCAAAACUUGGAGACAGAGCUUCUUUGCACCAACUCGCAAUUCAAUGGAUGUGCGAAACGGAUACAUGGGAGCCAAGUGAAGACAAGAGUUAUCCAGAGCAAUGGCUUGACCGGUAUGCUGUUGCAGCAUUGCUAUACGCUGCAAAUAAUGACAAUCCUGAAACAUUUAAUCACAGUGAUCUUGCUGCAGCGUCGACACAACCAACAUGCAGUUGGUCUUCUACUGAAUAUACUUUCCUCGGUUGUUCACAAAGCAGCAAAGACUCCAAAAUAACAUCAAUCAACGGUGGGCACACAGACAAAGGGUUGCCCACUGAAAUUGGGCUCCUCACAGACCUGCAAUCCUUAAGUUUUCCAAGAGUAGUGUCGAGUGAAGACACUCCAUUAAUUGAAACCAGCCUUCCAAGCGAAGUAGGUGCCCUCACAAAGCUCCAUACCUUGUCUGGAGAUUAUACUGUACUUGGGGGUACACUCCCUUCUGAGAUAGGGAAUUUAACUCAAAUGAGGCGAAUUUCUCUUGCGUAUUCGAGACUCUGGGGAACAGUCCCAACGGAAAUUGGCAAUUUGUCCCUUUUGACUCAGCUUGAUCUCUUGCGUAGCAAACUUGAAGGACCUAUCCCAUCCGAAAUUGGAAAUUUGAGCAAAUUGACUGGUGUUCAUCUUGGUCACAAUCAUAUCGAAGGAGACAUUCCUACAGAAAUUGGAAAUUUGAGCAACAUGAGUUAUAUGUCACUUUCCGACAAUAAGAUUGACGGAACCAUCCCUUCUGAAAUUGGAAAAAUGAGUCAAAUGGCUAGCUUUCAGCUCUACGGAAAUGCCAUCCAAGGAACUCUACCAACGGAGAUUGGAGCCUUGAGCCAGAUGGUUACAUUGCUACUUCACUCACACGCAGGUACCAACAGUCUUGAAGGAACGAUUCCGACAGAAAUUGGUAGAAUGACCAAAAUGGUUACUUUCAAUGUUGGCGGCAACAAGCUGGUGGGAUCAAUUCCAACCGAAAUUGGGAAUUUGAGCCAAAUGGAAACUUUCAAUCUUGGCUCUCUGCUGGAAGGAACUAUCCCGACAGAAAUUGGGAACAUGGGUCAGCUGCGUUAUCUGGGAAUUGGCGGAAAUAUUGAAGGCACUAUCCCAACGGAAAUUGGAAACUUGGGCCAAAUCAUUACUCUGGGUCUUGCAGGAAAUAAUAUUAGAGGAACCAUUCCAUCGGAAAUUGGAAACUUGAGCAAAUUGUUGGAUCUAAAUAUGAAUACCAACAGUCUUGAAGGUACUGUCCCAACGGAGAUUGGCAGAAUUAGAGAAAUGGGAAGACUAUUGCUUGCUCAAAACAAACUAACAGGCACAGUACCCAAUAUCCCUCAAAUUACUGGGUAUUGUUGGCUUUAUCAAAAUUGCUUUGACGACACGACCAAUGGUGUUUCAGCAGGCUGUAAUGUCAGUGGCCAGAAACAAGAAAAGUGCGUCUAA